AUGGAAAAUGAUGAUAGAGUUGACGAUCAUAUUCAACGCCAUUCUAAUCCAAACGAGACAAAUCCUUACGGACCAAAUUACUACCCACGUACAAAUCACCUUCAAAGACUUCUUGAUUAUACUACGGAUUAUCAUCAGGGAAGCGCAGGAAACAUUCAAGGAGACGUGAGUUCAACCUUGCUUGUCCAAAUAAAAAUUGAAGGAGAUUUUAAUUGCAAGCUUUCAAACAGAGUUUCAAAUCAAUUUUCACGCACCGAUCUGUCCCCACCGUUUUUCACUUCAGGAUCAACAAAUUACUUAAAUCAGAAUACUCUAGCUCAAAUUAAUCCUUAUCGACCAAAUGGGGCCUUUACUUCGCCUUUCUACGAUUCUAUGCAGAAUUUGACCUUCAUGACAAAUCAUAGAUCCCCACUUUCGCCGUCCUAUACAGAAGCAGGCAAAGCAGCAUAUCAACCGACUACUGAUGACUUACUUCCAAAUCCAAUUAAUACUUGGUCACCUACACCUCAAAAUUCAGUGUCUUUCAAUUCACCAAGGCCAUCACAAAAUGUGAAUGGUUCGAGUGGGGAUAUUUUGUGGAAUGCCUUCCAUGGAACAGGUGGUUAUACAUCCUAUUCAAACUACUCGAACUCCCCACAACAACACUUUAACUCCACUUCAAAUAAUCUACAUUCCAAAGUGUUGCAAUAUCAUAAUCGAUGUCAGAGGAGACAACAAAAUUGCCCUUAUCCGCAAAUGUUCGACUUAAUUCAGCACCAGUGGAGACGCCAGCCUGUUCAAGGUGAGAUUAGCCAGUCCGGGAAACACCAAUCAACAAUCGCUAAUGGUACUGCCAAUAGAGUCCAAGGUUCAACUCGCCGGGAAAGGACAAUUUAUUCCUCAGAACAACAAGAGAUUCUGGAGAAAUUCUUCUCCAUCAACCAGUAUCCCGACAUCAGUGCUCGUGAAGAAUUGGCCGAGAAGGUGGAACUACCGGAAUCGCGAAUUCAGGUUUGGUUCAAGAAUCGACGAGCCAAGGAACGCAACCGUGAAAAACAGAAGCAGAGAAUACAUUUUACCGACAAUAUGACUGAAUAA